AUGGGAAGCCUGCACGAGAAUCCCCAGCAUGGCUUCGGCGGCCUGCUGAGCGGCCUGCAGGAGGCGUACGAGAGCGGCCGGACCAAGGACCUCGCCUGGAGGCGGGCGCAGCUCAAGGGGCUCCUCCGGCUCCUGGCGGAGAAGGAGGAGGAUAUCUUCGACGCGCUCCACGACGACCUCGGCAAGCACCGCGCCGAAUCCUACAGGGACGAGAUCGGGGCUCUUGUCAAGUCCGUCAAUCACACGCUAAGAAACCUCGAGGGAUGGGCGGCCCCCGCUCGGCGUCGUGCUCGUCUUCUCCUGCUGGAAUUUGCCACUAGGUUUGGCUUUGGAGCCAAUCUCUGGCGCACUAGCAGCUGGCAAUGUUGUGGUUGUAAAGCCCUCCGAGCUUGCUCCGUCCACCGCCGCAUUCCUUGCUGCCAAUAUACCAAGGUACCUCGAUCCUAA